AUGGUGCAGACGCCGGCGGUGGACGCGCGGGUCGAGGAGAGAGCGGCCGAGGUGCGGGCGGGCUUCCCGUCGCCGCGGUCCUCACGCGCCGUGCUCGACUCGGCGCGCCGACAGCAAACCGAGCGCACUUUGCUGCGAUCGCCCUCGUCGCCGACGCGGCAGCCAACACGGCGCGUCCUGGACGAGAAGAGUCAGCUCAUGCUCGAGGUGCUCCAGGACUAUGGCCCAUACUCGCCGCGAAAAGAGUACAGUUGCCGGUCGCUGCCCAAGCCCCGCAGCGAGGACUUUGUGCUGCGGCACAACGCCCAAAACAUCCACGAUUUCAAGCAAGCGUACUCGAAAGCGCACGGAACGCUCAACCGCAAGCCGCCGCAGUUUGCGCUCAACUGCCCCCCCACGAGCCCGUACGCCAAGCGCCCGCCGUCGCCGCCCCACCCGCCCGCCGAGCCCAUUUGGAAGCAAACUGGGCCUAACGUGUGGGUUCUCACCGAGCACGGGCUGCGGUCCCUCGUGGGAGUGGCAACGCCGCACGCUGCGCCGCCGCGCCUGCUGCCGUCCAUCGCCAAGCGGCCGCCCGAAGCCUCGUCCUUCAAGGCCCACGCCCAAGUGGGAUCCCACAUCGACCUCUCCAAGGACACUGCGUUUGCGAGCCUCGUGCGCCUGCACCACUACUCGCCACGGUCGACGCCGCUGCCGCCGUCUACAGCCCACGCGCGCAACGCUGCCUACGCGCUGAGUAUGCUCGCGCGACCAAAUACUUCUCCGGACGUUGGCGGGAGUCCGGGUAGCGGCGGUCACCGGCCAAUGUCGUCGGAAGGCCGCUAUGGCUUCUUUGCCACGUCGUCGCCGCCGUCCCCGUCCCAGUCACCGCUGCGGUCCCCCAAAAAGUCGCCGACGAAACCCGAGCAGCACUGCCCGCCGAUUGCGCUCAAGCAUUUGUCGCUCAUGGAGGUCGAGCCGAGCAUCAUCAACUUUGACCGCGUUCGCCGGGGCCAGACAUAUCACUUCCCCAUCAAGAUCCGCAACUUUGGCACCAAGCAAGAGCGGUUUCGGGUCCGGUCCAUCGCCCUCAAGGCAGGCGGCGCCGAGUGUUCGUCGGUCACGGUCGAGUACGACCGAGAGAAGGCCAAGAUCGCACCCGGACUCAGCGCGACGCUGCUUGUGGUUGCCACGUUUGACCGUCCGGGCGCUAUCUCUGGCGUCCUCGACAUUGAGAGUCCGAGCGGCAAGUGCGGCCUCGCAGUCAUCGGCACCGUCGAGUCGUAA